GGGCUCAUGGGGUGAGGGGCGGGGCCUAAGGGGGGGAGACCUCGCAGUCAAAGAUGGCGCCCGUGGUGACGGGGGGUCAAUUUGGGGAGCGACCUCAACCAAAACGACUCACGAGGGAAGCUAUGCGUAAUUACCUCAAGGAGCGGGGAGAUCAAACGGUGUUAAUUCUCCACGCAAAGGUCGCUCAGAAAUCUUACGGGAAUGAGAAAAGGUUCUUCUGCCCCCCGCCGUGCGUCUACCUCAUGGGCAGCGGCUGGAAGAAGAAGAAGGAGCUCAUGGAGCGGGAGGGCGGCGCUGAGCACGAGGCACAGCCCUGCGCCUUCAUCGGCAUCGGCAACAGCGAGCAGGAGAUGCAGCAGCUCAACCUGGAGGGCAAGAACUUCUGCACGGCCAAGACGCUGUACAUCUCCGACUCGGACAAGCGGAAGCACUUCAUGCUGUCUGUCAAGAUGUUCUACGGUAACGGCGAUGAGAUCGGCGUGUUCAGCAGCAAGCGGAUCAAAGUCAUCUCGAAGCCGUCCAAGAAGAAGCAGUCGCUCAAGAACGCCGACCGCCCAAAGACCCCAAACGCCAAGAGGCCAGCAACAGACAGCACCAUUGAAGUGUGCAUAGCGUCGGGCACCAAGGUGGCGCUGUUCAACCGGCUGCGUUCGCAGACAGUGAGCACGCGCUACCUUCACGUCGAGGGUGGAAACUUCCAUGCCAGCUCCCAACAAUGGGGGGCGUUCUACAUCCACCUGUUGGACGACGAAGAGUCGGAGGGUGAGGAGUUCACGGUGCGUGACGGAUACAUCCACUACGGGCAGACGGUGAAGCUGGUCUGCUCAGUGACGGGCAUGGCGUUACCUCGCCUGAUAAUCCGAAAGGUGGACAAGCAGACAGCGCUGUUGGAUGCGGAUGACCCGGUGUCCCAGCUGCACAAGUGUGCCUUUUACCUGAAGGACACGGAGCGCAUGUACCUGUGUCUCUCUCAGGAGCGCAUCAUCCAGUUCCAGGCGACGCCGUGCCCCAAGGAGCUGAACAAGGAGAUGAUCAACGACGGUGCCUCGUGGACCAUCAUCAGCACGGACAAGGCGGAGUACACCUUCUACGAGGGCAUGGGGCCCGUCAGCGCGCCCGUCACACCCGUGCCCGUCGUCGAGAGCCUGCAGCUGAAUGGAGGCGGUGACGUGGCGAUGCUGGAACUUACCGGACAGAAUUUCACGCCCAACCUCAGGGUCUGGUUUGGAGAUGUGGAGGCCGAGACCAUGUACCGCUGUGCUGAGAGCAUGCUGUGCGUGGUGCCCGACAUCUCGGCCUUCCGCGAGGGCUGGCGCUGGGUGAGGCAGCCGGUUCAGGUCCCCGUGACGCUCGUGCGCAGUGACGGCGUCAUCUAUGCCACGAGCCUCACCUUCACCUACACGCCCGAGCCGGGCCCUCGUCCGCACUGCAGCGCCGCCGGUGCCAUCCUACGAGGAGGCGGCGGUGGUGGUGGUGGUGCCGGUGCCGGCGCCGGCGCCGGUGGCGGCGCCAACGCCGGCGGAGGAGGAGGAGGGAGUGGUGGGACGACGGAGCAGCAGCAGCAGAUGGCGGAGGCGGGGGGAGUCGAGGUGCUGUCGUUGGCACCUCCGCUACAGUAGUGGCGGUGGUGGCGGUGGUGGCGGUGGUGGCGGGAGCGGCAUCGGUGUCACAAGGUUCGGGAGAAGCGUCCGGGGUAGCGUCAGGGGUUGUGUCAGGGGUAGCGUCAGGGGAGUAGUGUCAGGGGUAGUGUGAGGGGUAGCGUCAGGGGAGUAGUGUCAGGGGUAGUGUCAGGGGUAGCGUCAGGGGUAGUGUCGGGUAGUGUCGGGAGUAGUGUCGGGGGUUGUGUCAGGGGUAGUGUCAGGGGUUGUGUCAGGGGUAGCGUCAGGGGUAGCGUCAGGGGUAGUGUCAGGGGUAGUGUCAGGGGUAGCGUCAAGGGUAGUGUCAGGGGAGUAGUGUCAGGGGUAGUGUCAGGGGUAACGUCAGGGGUAGCGUCAGGGGUGGUGUCAGGGGUAGCGUCAGGGGU